GUCCUGGCUGGUACUAGUGUCAGAGGGCUACUUGCAUCUAAGCCAGUCCAAUCAUUUUAUCCUCUAGAUGUGCUUUAGAAAACUUGUCUCUUAUUGAAAUUUACGAAGUUUUAAACUUAAUAAUGUUUCGACACAUCUUGAGGCCUGUGCUUCAAAAGACACGAAGUGGUGCUCGUGCGUAUCAUAUUCCUCGUGAAUCUAGACCACCACAUAUGGAUGAAUUACCUGUACCAAGUGGUUCAUGGCAAGAGGCAUACAAUAAAGAUCAGAAAAAAUAUAAUAUGCAAUUAGUAGCUGGCAUUGCUUCGCUUGCUAUUACUAUAGCAUUUGGUAGAAGCACAGGAUUACUAUGGCUUAAUUAUGCUCCACCAAAACCAAAACCAAAAGAAUAAAUUAUAUUAUUAAAUAUCAAACGUGAAUUAAACGCCUGAAAUGUAGCAUAUAAGUAUUGCAAUCUGUAAUAUUCAGCUUUAAAGAAUAAUACAGCAUUUUCAUUCAUAAUAAAUGUUUUUUAUAGCA